GAUUAAUCUAUUAUCUCUCUCUCUCCCUCUCUCUCUCUCGCUCUCUGAGGGGGGGAGGGGUGUUGUUGAGUUCUGAGUUGGCAUGACGAUCCGACUCCCUGCCGUCCAGAGCCUUCUGUCCGUUUCCACGGUGACCUGUUCUCCAAGUUCCGGACCUGUGGAACACCGACUGGAACACCGACUGGAUUACCGUUGUUCCGCAGACGGAGUGUGUUCAGAGAGAGGGGAGUUCUGGGAAAGCAGUGAGGAUGCCAGUGCAGCAGAUCUCCGUGGUCCCCGCUCGGGAGAUGGCCAAUAACGGCCGGAGCGCCCCUCGCUCCAAAGACAAGACCGAGAGUACUAAAGGAGGUCCAGGUCGGUCAGGUAGUCGAUCCAGCAACAUCUUGAAGGCCAGCAGUUCUACGACGGGAUUGGCUCCUGGCAGUGUUUCCAGGACAACUCCCUCCUCUCAGGACAUCUGCAGGCCGGUGCCACUGGGUCGUGUAGAGGAAGGUUGUUACACAGCAGUGAUGAAGCUGAGCAGUGCGGCAUUAGGCUCCUCCCAGACCGCGUUAGGCUCCUCCCAGCAGGGCCAAACCAGGAAGAAGAAAAAACCAAACAGGAAGAGAGACUCCUGCUCCGGCCCCGACGCCGCCCCAGCGCCCGCACAAGAUGACCCGGUCCAACACAGUGACGACCGCGGCGACCACAGCUCUGACCGUGUCGGGGAGAGGAGAGGGGAGAGGAGAGGGGAGAGGAGGAGGGAGAAGAGAGGGGAACACCCACGCCACCGUAGCGCCGCCCCUCCUGAAUCUGAUUCGUCGUCGGACGGGGAGGCGGGGCGGGAGGCCAGAAGCUGGAGCAGGGAGAAAGCCAAGAGGGGGCGACGCCGCAGUGGGAGUAGCAGGGAGAGGGGAGAGGGGAUGGAGCUGCAGUCUGUCGGGUCCGACCAGGGGAAGGAGAACCGAGAGAAAGAGGUUCCGCUGGAGAACGGUUCCGGAGUGAAGAACCGGCGAGGAGGAGGAGGAGGAGGAGGGGAGGAGAGGAGGAGGAGGAGCUCCCAGCGCAGGGAGGGGGAGGGGCCUACGUUCCGUAGCCCAUCAUUGGCUGAGGAUGGAGAGGGGGAGGGACAGAUCACUAAGAAUUACCAGGAGACCGGGUCAGUGGGUGGAGACAUGUCCGCUCUGUCGCCACGGAGACGUGGGGGCUGCAACGCCCCCGAAGGCUGCUCCGAUGACGAGCCAGAAGCCUGCAGGAUCUGCCACUGUGAAGGAGAUGAGGACUGUGUGCUGAUCACCCCGUGCCGCUGUACAGGCAGCAUGAGGUUUGUUCACCAGGACUGUCUGAACCAGUGGAUCAAAUCAUCAGACACACACUGCUGUGAACUCUGCCAGUACCACUUCAUUAUGGAGGCUCACCUGAAACCUCUACGCAAGUGGGAGAAGCUCCAGAUGUCGACCAGCGAGAGGAGGAAGAUCUUGUGCUCUGUGAUGUUCCACCUGGUGGCGGUUGGUUGUGUUGUCUGGUCCGUGUACGUCCUCGUCAACAGAACCCUCCACGAGAUCAACCUGGGACGCAACACCGACGACAUGUGGAGAAUAUCAGUGAUGAAGUACUACACUGCUGAGGGUAAGGAGGGUCUGGGGGGAUAA